AUGCCCACUUCUUCUCGAAAACGGGAUGUUUUCUUCUACGCCGACUUCAAUCUCAAGCAACUCCUCAGUUUAGCAGAGCGGCUCCGAGGCCGAGCGUGUACCUGCAGCGAAUCCCAAAUCCCCAAGUUCGGCGCCUUCAAUUGGGCGAUAUUUCUUGAGUUUGAUGAUGGCGUUGAAUGGGUAUUUCGGGCUCCCUGCUCAUUGUACUCUAUGUCUCGGCGCAUCACUGGACGGCUGAUAGCUAGUGAGGCCGCCACCCUCAAAUACAUACGUGAGCACACUUCUAUUCCUGUGCCAGAUGUAUUCCAUUAUAGUCCAUAUUACGAUAAUGAUAUCGGAAUCCCAUAUAUUCUAAUGAGCAAAGCUGCCGGUCAGCCUCUUGCGCAGUACGAAUGGCCAACACAUGCACAUCAACUACCUGGACGGAACGGUUUUGUGACACCAGCACGAAAGUUGACAGACAAAGAGAAACAGAAAAUUAUGCAUCAGCUUGGGCGCUAUGCCCGUGAGUUAUUUAGUCUUUGCUUUCCUACCAUCGGAUCGCUCUUCGAAGGUGAGCAUGGCUAUUAUCUCGAUGAAUGUCUUUCCCCGGGUCACGUUCUACAAGACCGGAAAACUAUUGAAGAACUCUCACGCGGCCCAUUCCACAACGAAGCCGAUUAUUACUCCUCGCUCGCUGGAGCGCUUCGUCUGCAUGCCGAGCGACUGCCCAUGGGAUACCAUGUCCUCCGUGCGCCUGUGCCUAUACCUAAAGAGUAUCCUAACUUCUCCGAAUACUACGCUGCUACUGACCGCUGGAAUGACUUCGCCACCCUUGAAGGAAUAUCGGAGUCAAGCAUCAAUAGAUUGUAG